GGCAUGGCGACGCAUGCGCAGAAGGGUGGAACGCACGCCGGGAUUAGCGGACCUGACGGUUGGCCCACCUCUUGAAAAAAGCCACAGAUGUGGCUGAAAUGUAUUGCUGCUCCCUACAUGUUUGACUUCUCUGCCAUGGUGAUCUGACUGCAAGCAUUUCCAAAUUGCGGCACUGGAUAAAACAUUAAUACCCAAGUCCGUGGAUACUUCUGUAAUCAGCUGAUAACCUGUCUGUUGUGCUAUCCCUGGAGCUGCUGCUAGCUGCCGACUCCUUCCCUGCUUGAAACACAGAACAGUGCGGAAACCAUUCUCAGGUGACAUGAGAUUUAUAUUAGGGUGACACAGAGGAACUUUUUGAGACUAUCCACUGUGAAGGCAUUGCCUAGCAACAAUCCCCCACGCCUCCGUAUGAUAGCCCGGUGGUCGAGCAUCUGGUCAGGUGACUGUCCCUGUGAACGGAAGCCCAGAUCCCGGAAGCGGAGCAGAGGCGUGGCGUGGACGGCUGGAACAGCGCCAGGAACCUACACACCCCUUUAAAGUCGGAGACAGAGUCGUGGUGAAGGUGCUCCCCAGGAACAAGAGCCCAGGAGACUUUACCUACGGUCCAGAGACAGAGGUCGUAGCAGUAACCAGAACAGCAGUCCUGACAGAGGAAAGCCCCACCUGGAUCCAUGCAUCCCGAGUGAAAAAGGUUCCUAGACCAGACCUAGAGAGGGAAGCAAGUGAUUCCAGCGAGGUACAAACGGGGGCAGACAGCCCUGACCUCCCACCUAGCGAAGACAGAAGAACAGAGGAGGAUGAGGAACCUGUCCCCUACCUCUAUCCUGGGGACUAUGUUGAUAAUCCUAAUGGUCCUCACUUGCCAAGCUACAGCUGAAGUAGACAUUACACAAAAAUCCGGCACCUACACAUUUUGGUAUAACUCCUCCAAUACUGAGGUUGCCGCCUAUAAAAUAGAUUUCUGUACCAUUGCUCCCUGUCUUAACAAACAUUAUGCCUGGCAGUGUGAUCAGUAUGGUACACGUAAUACCCCCACUGAAGCCUAUAUUUGUGUUACUAGUAAAUAUUGGGGAAAUAAAUGUGCGUAUUGGGGAUCAGUGGGAUGGAAUUCUGGCCAUAGUUAUGGAUACCAGCCCAAAGAGGCUCUCUCAAGAAAAGACAAAUAUGGUGAGUCCCUGCUUACCCGUCUUACCCUUCAUAGACAAAACAGAUGUGAUAGUAAAUUCAUAUUAAGCAUAAAACAUCCCCAGUCUACUGAUGCAGGCACCUAUGUCCUAGGUGAAUCCUUUUUUUUAAACCCAUCCCUUACACCAUUCUUGUUACAGGAUAUGUUUAACAAUGAAAAGUAUGCCCAGCUCAAGCCCCCUAAACCACGCCCCAACCUCUUGAAACCUCAUAUAACCACCUUCAAGGAUAUGAUGGCCGUUAACAAUCCCACCUUUAAAGACACCCUAGCUAUUGAAACUGGUUUCUCUGACAUCAAUUUCUGGUUAGAAUGGAUGAAGUAUAGUGCUAGCAAACAUAAUAAAAGUAACUGUUAUGUCUGUGGCAAAUCUAGGCCCCACCUAGGUACAGUGCCCCUUAAUAUACCCCUAGAACAGGAAAAUUGUUUUUUCAGCCUUUUUAAUGACACCAAAACAAAUGACAGUCAGUGCGAAAUGUGGAAAAGGGAAUAUCCCAUAUUGUCAAAAAAUCCCAACCCAGGAAGCACCAUAACCAUAUAUCCUGGAAACUAUACCUGUUAUACAUCUAACACCACCACAGGGAGAAAUUUAAAAACCUUCCCACCAGGGUAUUGUGCAAAUAAAAGAACAACUGUUUUAGUCAACCAAACUAGAUCAUUAGGCGACAUUUAUUACAUAUGUGGGGAUAUGAAACUUAGAAGUAAAUUAGACACACCAUGGUAUGGUGAGUGUGCCCUGGCCAAAGUCAUAAUGCCACUCCUAAUGAUCACCGAUGACCCCACUCCUCCCUCUAAUACUCCUGCUAAUCGAAAGAAAAGAGCACUCCCAGGAGGUAGCUUUGACCCCCACGUAUACAUUGAUGCUAUAGGGGUCCCAAGAGGUGUUCCAAAUGAGUUCAAAGCUAGAGAUGAGGUGGCUGCGGGUUUUGAAUCAUUGUUCCCUAUAGUAACUGUAAAUAAAAACGUAGCCUGGAUUAAUUAUAUAUAUUAUAAUCAACAAAGAUUUGUUAAUGAUACCAAAGAUGCUCUUAAAGGUAUAGCUGAACAGCUAGAAGCCACUUCCCAAAUGACCUUCCAAAAUAGAAUGGCCCUUGACAUGAUUCUAGCAGAAAAAGGCGGUACAUGUGUUUACAUUAGUAAGGUGGAAGGCUGUUGUACAUAUAUUCCUGACAACACUGGUCCCAACGGUAAGGUUACUUUAGCCAUAAACAAGUUAGAAACCUUAUCCAUAGAACUUAAGAAAAAUUCAGGUAUUGAUAACCCAUGGAGUCAAUAUUUUGGGUGGUUUGAAAAUUGGAAACAGGCUCUUGUGCAAAUAAGCAUAUUCAUACUUGUAACUUUAAUUCUUUUAGGCAUUAUAGUUUAUUGUGUAAUUCCCUGUGGAAAGAAACUUACCUCCAAAGGCAUUGAUAAGGCCCUGAUGUACUAUGAUAUAACCACCAGUCCUGUCACCUCCUCUGAUAGUAAGGGACCCGACGAUUAUGCCCAAUAUCUCAAGAACUGGAGGAACAAGAAAGGAGCCUCACUUAAGAAUCAUGUCAUAUAACAAUCAUGAUUCUAAGAGGGGAUUGAAGGGUUAAAUCUCCUCUGUCAGUGUGCAUUGUGUAAAUAUUGUUUCUUUUUCUUUUGCCUUGGAUUUAGCUUGCAUUGCAUAAAAUGAAUAUAGCUCCACCCAUAGUUUGUUGGGAACUGUGUGAAAUCACCACCCCUAGAUGAAGUACUAGGCUGUAUCCUACAUCCCCCCCCAUGUAGCCUGUUUUAUCCCUCCUAUGCAGUAAAGUUAAACCAAUAAAGUAUUUACUUUUGCCUACCCCUCCCUGGACAUUCCAAUCCCUCCCUAGACAAUGAUGCCUUAUAUACCAUUGUUAUGAACA